UUUGAGAGGCUACCGGAUGAAAUAGUGAUCCAAAUUCUUUCGCAGUCUAUUAUAGACCUAGAGACACUAGGAAGAGUAGUUGGAGUUUCAUCAAGAAUGUAUCAAUUAGGAGUUCACGUAUUAAAUCAUUAUCGGUUACCAUCUAUUCAAAUAUCACUUAUGAUUGAUCAAGAAGGAAGAAAUAAGAUGGUCAGUCAAUUUGAGGUGACACGUCUUGAUCCCAUCAAUCUAUCAGUGUAUCUAACCUGUACCGAUAAGAGGCCUAGACGUUACUAUGCAAGUAAGGCAUCUCCAGUGAUCCGUACCCUGUCAAUGACGGAUCAUUAU